UUUACGCCCCUCAUUGACAUUUAGGUAACUGUGUAAGUAUAGAUGACAUGAAAGAAAUAUAAUAGAAAUGAAGUUAGUAACAAGGAAAUAGAAGUAAAUAGAGUCCUCUGACUCUGAAAGGUGCUAAACAAGUGCAGGUCAUUUAUUUAGAUCAUUUACAGUAUAUGAAAUUAUCAAAUGGAGAAAUGCUGCAACAUGUUAGUGAAGCAGCUCAUAAUGAGUUUCCCUUCGUCUCAUGUUCUCCCAUGCAAGUCACAAGGUGCACACAUUUACAAAGGUAUCUCUGUGCUUAUAAUUGUGUGUGUGUGUGUGUGUGUGUGUGUGUGUGUGUGUGUGUGUGUGUGUGUGUGUGUGUGUGCUGCAGAGAGGCAAUCAGCCGAUUAUGUGAGAGGACAACAGUGAAAACAGCAGUGAAAAAUAAAAGGCCUCUGAACAGUGGAGUGUCUGCUGUUCUGGGUCAGAUCAACAUGCAGUUUUCUGGGAGCAGAGCCAUCCUCACCGUCUCCACAGACAGUCUGACUCUGAUCACAGCCUCGUCCUUACAGAAGAUUGCCCACCAUCCCAUGCAAGCCAUUUCCUUUGCUUCUGGAGGAGACCCUGUUAUGGCUGAUUACAUUGCUUAUGUGGCAAAGGACUUCAUCAAUAAAAGAGUUUGUCACAUCAUGGAGUGUCCUCAGGGUCGAGCCGGGGAGGUUAUCAGUAGCAUUGGCCAGGCCUUUGAGGCUCGCUUCCGACAACUUCUCAGUCAAACAUCGACCCUCCUCUCACCGAGGUCCACAGCAAGAAUCUGUCCCAAAUGGUGCACCAAGGGAUCACCAACAGAACAAAAGGGGAAACAACAAGCUCAGAGCAGUGGGCACUGGGAAUACUACAACAUAUUGCCAGGAAAGACUCCUACAACUGGUGGGAAAGAGGGCCUGCAGGUGUCGAGGGAGGAGAACAAACCAGAUGUUGACAUUCAGGAGGUCUGCCUGUCUUUGCCCGUUUCUCAGUAUGAGAACUGCUCCAUCUCAGAGGGGACAACAGUGCCACCUGCAGACCCACUGCAGUCUGUGUUCAGUCCUGAACAGCCCCUCUUUGAGACCCAAGUACAGAAUUUAAUCCAGGAAGAAGGAUGGUUCCAUGGCAGGCUGGGAAGAGAGCAGGCAGAGUCACUUCUCACCUGCAGCGGGGACUUCCUGGUCCGGGAGAGCAGCUCAGCUUCUGGACAGUACGUCCUCAGCGGGAUGGAGGGGGCCACGGUGCGACACCUACUGCUGAUGGAUCCACAUGGGCAGGUGCGGACGCGUGACCAGGUGUUUCAGAGCGUUGGUCACCUGGUGAGAUUCCACAUGGAGAAGAAGAUGCCCAUCUUCUCUGGAAGCAGCAAGCUGCGUCUGAAGCAGCCAAUCCUACAAUCACAGUAGCGUCAUCAGCGGUUAUAAACACGAGCAGCAAACUUAGAGCUGACAUGAUGAUCAGUAGCAAAAAAUAAACCAUAAAAUAAAACCUUUAAAGAGCUGCUAAAUAUGGUUAAAACUUCUGUUUGUUUAGUUAUUUCUAUCAGCUGAAUCGAUUAUUGCUGUAGUAUUUUUUGCAUUUUGUUUAGUAAUCAUUUGGUGUGUUUUUUUUAAUAUUUUCUCAUCUUUGUGUUCAGAACAGCAGAUCAACUGUUUCUGUCUGAAUUUCUCAGUGUUAGUUAAAAGUUUAGCACAGUUUCUGGAGGAACAUACCAGAACCUAGGUACAUUUCCAACUUUUUCCUGUAUACUGAAGAUUUAUUUGUAUUCAUUUGUAAAUUUUCUGUUAUUGUUAUUGUUUCCUGUGCCAAACACUCAUUUCUCACUUAUAAAAAAAUACCCAAGAGUAUGCUCUUUGUUAAAAUAAUAUAAUAAAAAUGUCAUUUGUCGUUGAUACUCUGUUAAAAUAUACUGAAUUUGUUGUUUCUUUGUUGAUUAACUCAACCGGUUAAAGAUCUUUUACAGGUUUCACUUUCACCUCAUGUCAGAACGAAAACUGUGUUAAUCUUAGUUCCCAUUAGUUCAUUAUGCCAAAAAUAUUAAACAUCCACAUAUUUUAUUUAGCUUUCUGUAUUUUUUUCUUCCUUCUGCUCCUUCCCUGCAAACACAUUUUGCACAACCUGUAGCCACUGGCUGAUAGACAUCUGGGGCUUGUUUCCCCUGAUCACAUGUAAUAACGUAAAAAAAACUUACUGUAAAGCAAAAAUACAACAUGUUCUGUGUGACAGCUUCACAUCACAAUAAAUUAAGCACAUUAAGAUAAAUCACUUCUGUUGUUUUAAUAACCCAACAGGUGUGCUUUUGAAUUGUGGUAAGAAAUUAAAGGACACGGAGAAAACUGACACAUGCACGGAGAGGACAGGCAAACUCCACACGCACACAAAGGCCCAAACCGGGAGUAGAACCCACAACCUG